AUGAGCUGCGUCACGGCCGCGGAGCUCGCAGCGUGUGUCGCGACGCUGCAAAAGCUGCACGGAGACGAGGCGCACGAGCUCUUCCAGUCGUCGCCACUCUUCAAGCCUCUGCGGACGGUGCUGAUCCCGUUUCUUUCCGAGUUGCGCGCCAAGUUCUAUCACGGCCACUCGACAGCCACUGACUCGUCACGACAGCAGCGAAAACGCGCCAAGAAAGUCGAGCGAGCGCGGCAAAAGGCGCUGGACCAGCAGUUCGUGAACAAGACGGCGCUGCGGGCCGAGCGGAUCGCGCGAUUGGCAGUGCUACAGACACAGAAUCCGCUGCUGGCGCACGUCCCGGACGGCGUCGCUACCGCAGAUGAGCCGCUGCUGUUGACGGAGAAAGGAGACAAGAAAGAGGACAGAGCUGUCGGAGAGAAGCAGGAGACGCAACAGUUGCACUAUCAUCGAGCGUGCUACACGUGCAAAGUCCGCUUCCGCCAACUGCACCAUUUCUACGACCGAUUGUGUCCGUCGUGUGCCGAGCUGAACUACAAGAAGCGGCUGCAAAGUGCAGAUUUGAAUGGAUACGUUGCAGUGGUUACUGGUGCACGGGUAAAGAUCGGGUACGAGAUCACGCUCAAGCUGCUGCGAGGUGGAGCGACUGUCAUAGCGACCACGCGGUUCCCAAAAGACGCGGCGCUUCGAUAUGCGAAAGAGAAGGACUUUGAACGCUGGAAGGACCGACUGCAAGUCUAUGGCAUGGAUUUCCGUGAUUUGGGUGUGAUUGACAGGUUUAUGGAUCAUUUGAUGCAAACGUACGGAAGACUGGACAUUUUGAUCAACAACGCAACGCAAACCAUUCGGAGACCCGUGCAUUACUACAAGCAUCUGAUCGCGCGGGAGAUGGCGCCGCUUGACGAUGACCUGGCUCGCGUGGGUCAGAUUUUGCGAGGCAAUGCUAAUCUUCUAGGUUGCAGCAGUGCUGCCGUCAAUGUGAAAAGCGGCAAUGUUGCUGUCAACAGCGCCGCGAUCGUCAGCACGAACGGUGAAUCUUUGACAGCGAUGUAUUCUUCCGCACCGACGUCCGUGCAUCUCGCACAGAUGCCACUUGUUGCUGAGGACCAGCAAUCCGAUGAAACGGCGGCGUUGUUCCCCACUGGUCAGGUGGACCACAACCAGCAGCAAGUAGAUCUGCGCACGUCGAACUCGUGGGUCCAGAACAUCAACCAGGUCGAGACCAUUGAGCUGGUCGAAGUGUUUGCCAUCAACACAAUGGCACCGUUUAUCCUGAACAAGCGUGCGAUUCCGCUCCUCGAGAAGAGCUCGAACGCACACCGCUUUAUUAUCAACGUUAGCGCUAUGGAAGGCAAGUUUUACCGGAACAAGACGCCGAAUCACCCGCACACAAACAUGGCCAAGGCAGCAGCAAACAUGAUGACGAGAACGUGUGCGGAAGACCUUGCGCGCAAAGGAAUCUACAUGAACAGCGUCGACACGGGCUGGAUCAACGACGAGAAUCCGCGAGAUGUGGCUGUCCGUAUUGCCGAUGCCCAUAACUUCCAGACGCCUCUGGAUGAGGUCGAUGCUGCUGCUCGUGUACUCGACCCGAUCUUUGCAAUGUUCCAAGACGGCCACACCGUCGUCAAACCUGUCUAUGGUCAGUUUCUGAAGGACUAUACAGUCUCCGAGUGGUAG